GACUGAUCAUGACGAGCCUCCAGGCGUCACGAGUCGUCGUUUUCAGAAAAGCACGUGACGGCAACGGCUGGACCCGACCCCGACCAUCACUUGUCUCGGGGCUUCGAUGUCUGUAUUACAAUGUCAAUCUUGCAUGAGAACUCUAGUCUCUCUUCUUGGGUGGAUUGGUGGGAGAACACUCUGGGGCUGCAUCCGUCAGAGGUGCACGGCAUGCAACAAGAAUGAUUUGAAGACUACGGCUUUUUCCAGUUCUCCUUUGGUCUUUUCAAUUCUUUGUUGCUCCUUCAUUUACAUGCAGCGCAGUAUCCAAGGGGACGUUGUGAUUUGGUGCUUUUCUCGAAGUUAGGAGAUGGGUUGCAUUGGCAAUCCUACUGGGCUCCGUCUUGAUCAAAGUGUUGAUCAGAAGUGGUACUGUUUUGGGAGCUGUUUUAAUGCUUCCAAAAGUGCACCACUCGGUAG